CUUUUCAGUAUAUUCGCAAAACUCUAUCGGUUAGCACUUCGGUUCGCGGGAAAAAAAUCGCGCCAGUGAAAAUCUGAAAAAUCCGUCCUACCUUACCUAAAAGAAUAAAAACAGUGCCAGUUCAUUCAUCGAUUUUAAUUCCAAGCAUUAUUCUAACUAUUUACUGUGAUAAAACGGACCUAAAAGAUCCCACUGAAUGGACUGUAAUACAUUUCAGUCGUUUCAAUUGGUAAAAUAGUGCACAUCAGUUUACGCGAUCGGAUCAAUUAAAGAGUGGGUUCUUCGUCUGUCGUGCGGGAUCAAGUUCACGAGCGCGGGAGCGCCGGACCUAUCCACCCGCUCAGACCGUUGCUGAGCCGCAAGCACCACCCUCUUCCUACCCCCCAUUGGAGCACAACUCACAUGCCAUGCGCGAUUCAAUUUCGCAGAUUUUCUCUUCAGCAGCGAGCCAACACCAUGACUGUCGGAAACACAGCUCAGAUUCCGAUGCUAGCUUUGCAGGACAUGUUUCAAUCAAUGACGUAUCAAAGGCAAACUGGGGCUCCCAAAUCGGGGGCGGAUCAAAAGAUCCCAACGGGAAUAUCGGGCGAGAGUCGUCCGAAGCGGCAGAGACCGACUCAUCAGGGACCGGGGGGAUGCGGGACUCGCUGGAGGGGCCGGGCUCAGCGCAGAACGACCUUAUUCACCUCAAGAGACGGGUGGGACUCUUCAGUGGGGUGGCUUUAAUUGUCGGAACGAUGAUCGGGUCUGGAAUAUUUGUAUCGCCAUCUGGUCUACUGGUGCGAACUGGUUCCGUUGGUGUGAGCUUUAUUAUAUGGAUGGCCUGUGGAUUGCUCUCAUUGUUAGGUGCAUUGGCGUACGCUGAGUUAGGCACGAUGAACACAUCCUCCGGAGCAGAAUGGGCAUACUUCAUGGACGCAUUCGGCGCUUGGCCAGCAUUUCUGUUCUCGUGGGUCUCCACGCUGGUGCUGAAACCGUCCCAGAUGGCCAUCAUCUGCCUGUCGUUUGCGCAGUACGCCGUCGAAGCCUUCGUUGCCGAAUGCGAUCCACCGUUGACUGUUGUGAAAAUGGUUGCACUCCUGGCGAUUGUGUGCAUUUUAUUUGUGAAUUGUUAUAGCGUUAAUUUAGGGAUGGCUGUACAAAAUAUCUUCACCUCUGCGAAACUAAUUGCGGUACUGAUCGUCAUAUGCGGCGGCGCCUACAAACUGCUCCAAGGAAAUACCCAACAUUUGCAAAAUGCAUUUAGCGGACCGACGCCUUCACUCGGAGCGAUAGCGACGGCCUUCUAUACCGGUCUAUGGGCCUACGACGGGUGGAACAAUCUGAACUACGUCACCGAAGAAAUCCAGAACCCGAGCAAGAAUCUACCGCGCUCGAUCAUCAUCGGCAUUCCGCUGGUAACGCUGUGCUAUGCACUGAUCAACGUGUCCUACCUGUCGGCCAUGUCAGCGACCGAGAUGAUCGAAUCGGAAGCUGUGGCCGUCACCUUUGGCAAUCGCAUUCUAGGCGCGCUGGCUUGGCUGAUGCCACUAAGUGUCACCAUCAGCACAUUUGGCAGCGCCAAUGGAACCCUGUUUGCCGCCGGAAGACUAUGCUUUGCGGCCAGCCGUGAGGGACACUUGCUGGAUAUCCUGUCGUAUGUGCAUGUUCGUCGUUUGACACCAGCCCCCGGACUGCUUUUCCACUCGCUGAUUGCCAGUGCAAUGGUUCUCUAUGGUACCAUUGACUCGUUGAUCGAUUUCUUCAGCUUCACAGCCUGGAUCUUCUACGGUUGUGCGAUGCUGGCUCUGAUUGUAAUGCGUUACACGAAACCCAACUACCCAAGACCCUACAAAGUUCCACUUAUCAUUCCAAUUGUGGUUAUGGUAAUUUCCAGUUACCUAGUGGUGGCACCCAUCAUCGAGAAACCUCAAAUCGAGUACCUGUACGCAGUACUGUUCAUCUUCGCUGGACUCAUCUUCUAUGUACCGUUCGUGCACUGGGGUUACCAUCCCAAGUUUAUGGACAAUUUCACACUCUUCUUCCAAAUGCUGUUUGAAGUCGUGCCAACCACAUCAAUGGCGAUGUUCGAUUGAACUGAUUGCACAGAACUGACAGUGACUUCCCGUUUUUUUUAAAUGAAGCAGCUUAAGACCAAAGAACACAUUUUGAGAAUACAAACACGAAGCAAAACAUAAACUUUCGGACGAGUUUUCAAAAUACCACCCAACAAUUCGCGUUGCUAAAAUUGUUAGCUAUAAUGGUUGGUAGAAUAAGUACCCUCUCCAUAAUGGUGUCUACUAUCACAAUUAUUCAACAUUUAUCUUAGCUAUUCUGGGCAAAUACCUAUCCAGUAUUAUGCGCUCGAUAAUGGCGGCGUGAGUUCCUCUCAGUUUGACAUUCAAGAGGUAGAAAACAUUGGAACUCAUCUAGUCUGCAUUGAUCAUAUAAAAACUUGUUGGAUAAAUAAACAAAUGUCAACGAUCUUCCGUAAUGGGCUUGAACUUGUGUCUAAAUAUUGUUAUAUUUAUUUUAAAAUGGGAAAUAAUGAUAUAAUUGUACUUUUUUUUAGGAUUGCUGAAAGUCCGCCGGUGAAGGCGAAGAUAAGAAAUAUUGAGUUUCAAGAAAAAAAGAACACUUCACGUUCCAAGCUGAAAAUGCCCACCAUAUUUGAAUGUGAUAAGGAUUGCUCGGGAAGGGUACUUUGAUCCCGGUCAUGUCCCUUAUUACUCAGUUGGAUUUCCUCUAAAACGACAAAAUAUUUUUUCAUCAGCUUAACAUGAAUAAAGAACGCUGGGGUUGAGAAUAAAUGUUCUAAAAUAUAUAUCUUCCAAGUAUAUACACCUAUCUCAAUUAUGCCUUCUUCCCAUUUCCCACAAGUUUUACUUUGAAAUAAGAAGAGAAAACUGUAUACUGAAAUUCAAUUCAGUUAGACAGACGUGUAAAUGAAUAAUUGAAUUUAAAUUUGUUUUUUAUUAGUUGAUGGUAUUUCAAUACCUAUGUCUUUUUUCAAAUGGAUUUUAUUAAGGAAAAAAGUUACGUAAGUUUAUCUGAAAGAUUUUGAAGGGGUUUUGAGAUAGAGAACAUGGAACGAAUGAUUACACCAUUGGAAAUCAAUAAUACAGUGAUUUGUUUAACUUGCGCAAGUAGCAUGAUUAGAUUUAGAGGCUAAGAUGAAUUUGUUCCAUAUUUAUCUCUAGAUGAAAAUUUAUUUUAUUAUUUGUUUUCUUCAUCUGACUUGACGUCUCAAUGCAGUUUGAUGGUUAAUUAUUAAUUUCUACAUUCAUAAGUACCGUUCUCAAAAACGAUAAUAGGUUCACCAUACACUCUUUCCAAUUGAAUCUUAGGUUGGACUGACUAUUACACUGCCCAUGAUAGCAUAUUUGUAACAUUUGCAUUUUGGUUGAUUGUGCAAAUCCUCCCCACAAACUCAAUCAUUUCCAGCUUACCACAUAGAAGCAAGAUAUUAUAGCCUAUUAUACUGUUGUGGGAUUAGAUGCAGUAAAUUGAGCUUUCUGAACGAUUCACAGGCUUUGUACAAAAUUUACAAAACCAUAACGUUUCACCACGUGGAACCAUGGAAAAUACUAAACUCGUCUUAUGAUAGUUGCAGGGUUGAAGACAUUUCACUAAUAGAGCUUAAAUAAUUUUGCUCAAAACAUAACGAUUUAUUUGAAUGCAAAAUGUAGGUUUUUUGUGUGACAGAAUUUUAUUCUUGAUUCUUGAGGAGAAUUGUGGGGUGGCUUUUUGUUCGAUCUUACUCAAUGAACUUGCUAAAGAAACAGUUUUAAAUACAAUUAAAAACCGAAGCAAAGUAGGAAUGUUGGUUUCAGUUGCGAGGAAUCUAUGUUUGGGAAUCCAUUAGGAUGGUCAGCCAUAAACAUUCCUAGAAAAUAGAAUUGAAGAAUUAGGAAAAUGGAUAAGAGAAAAUACUAAAGUUUUAGAGGAAAUAGUUGACGUUCGUUUGUAUGAGCCUUGAUGAGUGCCAAUGUUUUCAAUGAAUCAAAGCCUACUUUGAUUAAAAGAUGUAAAUAUUUUCUACCUCAUGAAUGUCAAAAAGGAACUCACGAAGCCGCCAUUAUCGAGCGCAAAAUACUGGAUACGUUAUAAUAAUCCAGACAUCAUUGCGCUUACGAAUAGAAGUAUGUGAUGGUCAACUUAUCACGUGGUCGAACAAAUAAAUUUGAAUAGCAAUAAUACAGCAAAAGCGUGGAACAGAUGGAAAAUAUGAUGAUGCAUGUGCCAAUCAACUGCAGGUUUAGUGGAACGCCAAGGAUGAGUCGCGGAACAUCGAUCAACUGGUUACUAUUAUAAGGUUUAUUUGAUGUUCAGACUACGGGUUUGCAGCAUGUUAUUCGUCUAUCUUGAAGUCAUAUAUCUUUUUUGAUAAUUUGAGUGGCAUGUUGUAACUCAGUAGUUUGGCUAUAGUAUCAUGUUUUAAUUGCAACCACUCAUACAGAACAGAUAAUAUAAAACACUGAAACAAAACAGGCAUCAGCAAAGACACAAACACUGCUCAAAAUAAUAAAAUACAGCCGAACCUACACCCAAACUCUAAAAGGAACAAAGAAGAUUAUUAAAAGUUUCAGUCGUAUUUAUUUUUUUUGGAAAAAUUUUGUAUACAACAAAAAAAAAUGAAACUAGUGGUUCCGAAUUUGAGGUAAGGCAAUAGAGUUUUGGAUGGCUGGACUUUGAAGCUAGAGGAAUAAAAAAGACUAUUUUUGUAGGCACUAAUAAACCCCCGCGAAAAUUGCAAUCAUUCAGACUUUAAAUACUCUAGGAAACAAAAAAUUAAAAAAAGCAAAUUAUUAUAGGUUACCUUUGAAUGAAUUGUAGCAAGGAUGCAAUAACCUAAAGUCUGUUUUAUCCGGCUAGUGUUCUAACCUUAAUGAAUGUACUACCCAUUAAUGGGGGCGAUACGCCCUUUUCACACUAGCUAUUUAGUGCUCUGAAAUUUACUCGGAGAAAAGUGUGAUAUUAUUGAAAUAAAAUAACUGUUCAUUGGAUAAUGAUUGGCGCAACUAAUUUGGAAUAUAUUUGGGUUAUUUUGUGUUGGCGACAAACCAGAAAGGACUAAGUAGAAUUGAAGAUAAAAGUUAACGAACCAUACACAUGGUAAAACAUUCAAUCGCUCCCAUGAAAAUAAGCAAGUUUGACACUGUUCUUCAAGCUUGAUCAAUAUUUAAAUUCGCAUGAAAUGAUAUAAAAAGCAACGAUUAUGCUAGUACUCAUUACAUUAGAAAUUAGAUAGUUAUGGUUAUUGUACGUUGACCAUAACUAUCUAAUCCCAGAGAAUAGACCAGAAGCUCCAAUUUAAUAGAGGUCAUCAUGAAAUUUUCGUUCCGUGAAGAUUUUCAACGUACGUACGCAGCUUUUCCAGGAAAGCUUAAAUGUCUAUACUCUGUGUUUCAAUAAAACCCCAAAAAGUAGCUUCUUUCUUGAAAUCGUAAAAGAGUGUCUCUUAGUCCAGUCUGGUUUAACUCCGACCAUUUGGAGCUCACUCUUUCAGGUGAAUUCCAAAAAACAUUCGCGUAACUUCGCCAUAGGAUUACACGAUCAAAAAGCAAAGCUGCACGGAUCAUUCCCUAAUGGUCGCUUCCCGAAUGUUCUGUUAUAUAGUUAUAUAUAAAUACUUUAGCUGUGGUUAUGUCUUAUAUUUUUUCAUAUAGUCUGUUUAAAAAAUGCACGGAAGAGGCCGAAAUUAAUUAUUUGGGAACGACCAUUGCCUCGCUAGCUUGGUGCAGGAGCUGGUGAAACCAAAAUUGUUCGAAUAUUUGAAAUUGUAAAAUCACACUUAGUAAUGAAUAGACUUUCGGUUUGAAUGAAUACCAACGGUCAAACUGAAUGAAUAAAUUCGCUUAAACAUCCGCUCCGAGGGCACUAUGGAACAAAAAAGUUGUGAGCUGUUGAGCUUUACAGGAAACAUAAGAAAAGUAAUUUAACUGACUGUAUAAAGAAAAAUAUUUUUUACCAUAUCAAUAUGAUAAAUUUGUGUCGUUUGAUUGUAAUGAAACCGAAUAAUCCGAUCGGUGCACUAAGGAGCUAUCAUUCCGUACCGGCGGAUUGUUUGUAGAUUAGUUUAGCAAGCUUAUUACUAUUUAUUUCGUUUUAUUUUCUACUUGAUUGCAAUUUAGUAGCCAGAGAUAUUGUAAACCCAAACCAAAAAUUGUGCAACGGUGGCAACCCCAUUUAGAAUUUGAUUCAGUGGGAACAUUCUUCAAAUUGAGGUAUGUUAUUCUUUGAUCGCUUCUUCGCUGAUGAUGAUCGCAAAGAUCUAGAAACGACGGAAGAGAAGCGUAUCAACAAGUGUGAUAACUUGACAGGUAACCAAUCUUAUGUGUUAAGUAUGGCUGAAAAGUUUAACGUACUUAUUAAUCAACUAAAUAGACCGAACAGAACAAAAGAAACAUAACGGUUCAAAAUGGAAGACCACAGUGAAAAAAGCAACAAAUUUGAAAUAAAGAAUAAAUUAUUUUCCCUGACAA